AUUGUCUGUGAGUCCUACAGAAAGAAAACCUGCAACUUAACAGCUACUGAGGGAGAGGGAGAGAGAGGCAGGGAGGAAGAAUCAAUAGAGAAAUUAUAAAAUAUAGAGAAAAGAAAAGCCCCUUCUGGAUGGGAAAGAGAACACUUUAAAAGAAAUCUCAGAUCAGGAAAAAGAAUCUAUUCAUUUUUUCUGUCUGGCUUUUUUUCUAUUGCAGGAGUGAGAGGCGCACUUUCAAAUCUGCUGUCUUAAGACAUUUUCAAGCCCUCCUUUUUACUGUGAAUUACUCCCCUUUAUCUAUUAUUUUGAGGUUAUGUAAAAACAGUAUGGGUCGGCUCAAUGUACUCACUAGCCUCAACGGCUAGAUGUCGCACCCGAGGCCCCUUUCACCCCAACAAGUCUAUGAAUUGCAAGUUGCAAGAAAAGCAAGUGGGAGUAGGAGACAGCUUUUUUCCUUAGCGUGAACUGAGACUGUCAGGAGAAGAGCACAUCUCACCAGAGGGGGAAAGCUGCUGUGGCUCUAUAACCUGACUUUGGAUCAUGUCAGUCUUCUGAUCCAGUAAAUAUCCUCCGGGGGACCAUCCCCUGGAGCACUCCCUCCAGUCCUUCUCCCUCCAGUUAGGGUGCUAAAGUGAUGCUGAAAAACUGAGCCCAGCUCAGCCACUUGGGAUCUGGAGAACAGCAGCUUUUUCCAGCAGCAGCAACAGCCUCUGAUAAAAAAUCAUCCAGACAGCUGCAGGAACUGCACUACAAUUCAGGACUUUUCCUCCAAAGAAAGAAAGCACCAAGCAAUGAUGAAGACUGUGUCCAGUGGGAAUUGCACCCUCAAUGUGCCAGCCAAGAACUCCUACCGCAUGGUUGUGCUGGGAGCCUCCAGGGUGGGGAAGAGCUCCAUUGUCUCUCGCUUUCUCACUGGCCGGUUUGAGGACCAGUACACUCCCACCAUUGAGGAUUUUCAUCGCAAGGUUUACAACAUCCGGGGAGACAUGUACCAGCUGGACAUCCUGGACACAUCUGGGAAUCACCCUUUCCCUGCAAUGAGGAGGCUGUCCAUACUGACAGGGGAUGUUUUCAUCUUGGUCUUCAGUUUGGACAACAGGGAAUCUUUUGAUGAGGUCAAGAGGCUCCAGAAACAGAUCCUUGAAGUCAAAUCCUGCCUGAAAAACAAGACCAAGGAGUCAGCUGAUCUGCCCAUGGUAAUCUGUGGCAACAAGAACGACCACAGUGAGAUCUACCGGAAAGUGCGCUCAGACGAAGGGGAGGUCCUUGUGUCCAGUGAUGAGAACUGUGCUUACUUUGAAGUCUCAGCCAAGAAGAACACUAAUGUGGAUGAAAUGUUCUAUGUCCUCUUUAGCAUGGCCAAGCUACCUCAUGAGAUGAGUCCUGCCCUGCACAGGAAAAUUUCCAUCCAGUAUGGGGAUGCCUUCCAGCAAAAAUCCUUCAGGAUGCGCCGGGUCAAAGAGAUGGAUGCCUAUGGCAUGAUCUCUCCAUUUGCUCGCCGGCCCAGUGUCAACAGUGACCUGAAAUACAUCAAAUCAAAAGUCCUUAGGGAAGGACAGGCCAGAGAGAGGGAAAAAUGCAGUAUCCAGUGAAGGGGACUCACUGUUUGGGGCAAAGACUACAUGUAUUUGCAGUGCCUUAUUUAAAAAAAAAGUUUGAAAAACUCGAGAAUGGGCUCUUGGGACACGCACCUCUUGGGGGACACGUACCACAGAGGUGAGGACAGCUCUUCUUGGAAACUCUAUAACAUCACUAAUGUAAAUAGUAACUUUCAAGCUAGUCUUGUAAAUAGUUAAAGAAACCAUAUGUCUGAGAUACGGCUAGUUUUUCCAGUUUUGUAAUUUAAGUUCCCUUGUCUUUUUCUUGUCUAAAGAACGCAGACUCAUAAAGAAGAUUCAACCUCAUUCCUGCCCAGGAAAUAGGUUACCCAUCCACAAAAAGUAUUAGGUAUAUGUAAUUUAAAAUAACAACCCAACAUACAGCCUUUGCUGUGAGAGAAAGAUGAGUGUGCGCUUUCUUUUCAGAGCACUCUUCAAAAACAAGACUUACAAUUUAAUCUCCUGCCUUCGCUCCAAGAGCAAGGGUAUUAGCAAAGGUUUCCCAGACUGAGAGAGUAUUCUGUAUGUGGAUAUGUGAUUCUGACUUGCCAUUGAGCGGACCUCUGGUUUGGGGAAGCUUAGAAGACCUAGGGAUGUGAUUUUGCUGCGGCAAUAUUACUUCCUAAUAGUCAUCAAACCAAACAUCAUUUUGUAUUAUAGCUUCAGUUUUGUUUUGUUCCCCCUGCUCCAAGCAAAAGCAGAUGGCAAUUGUGCUUUUCAAAUUAAAGCAGUAUCUACUGGUCUGUUCUAGAACUGCCAAGUGAUUUUCAGUUGUAAAGUUGCAUAAUAUGUACAGUAAUUGAAAGUGAAAUUGUUGUACUGUAAAGCCAGCACAUCUGACUGCUUUGCUCGCCUCACGUAUUAUUGUUUCUUGAAACAGCACAGACCUGUCACGUAGACUCUGAAUACUUUUGUAUAAACAGCAGCUGUGUCCUCCCUACUUACAACUGCAACAGUUCCUUCCAUCUGUCUUUCACAAUAGAGAUGGACCAGAUGUGAAAUUGUGGUUUGAAGAGAGAGUUUGGACCUUCUUCCCCCAAAAUUCAUGAGUGAUUGGAUAUCGGGCAUUGAUUUGGGACCAACUCUAACUAGACCCAUCUUUUCAAUUAUUUCUUCUUUUAAAACACAUCCAGCCCUCCAAUUCAGAGUUUUCCUUUUUAGUCAGUAGUGUUUGCCUCUGAGCAGAGGGUAGACACAAGCCUAUGCAGAAUUCAUGUACUUGGGCACGUCUACAGGAGAUGUUUACUGCGGAGUAGACUAAUUAGCUCUACAGUAAACAUUGUGUGUCUACACAUGCAGCCCUAUUAGGCUGGAGUAAAAUAACUGACUCCGCAAGAGAGUAGUAUUUGUAAAUCCAAGUACUAUCCUGAUGUGGAGUUCUUUACUCCACAGCAGCACACAUGUGGACACUGCCCCGGCUGGCUGGAGCACAAGGUUACUUCAUUUCAGGGGCUGCCUGCCAACUAGCCCUGCAAUCAAGCACCCUUGUGCCCCAGCCAGCCUCUCUAUAGCAUGUUAAGCUCGGGGAACAGGCCCAGGCUGGCCCCACAAGGCCUCCUAUUAGCUGGGGCUGCUCUGACCUGGCUCAACAUGCGACAGUCCGAGACACACAUGUAAAUGCAGUGCCUGGGAGCAAUAAACUCCAGUGCAAUAAGCACCGAAGUUUAUUACAUCACAUUAAUAUGCACAUGCACCCCUUACGUCCUCGAGAGCAUACAUGUUGUGCUGGCUCUUGUGUCCAGGAAUGCAUUUCAUCUGCUGUGAUUAACUUAGGGUGGAAUCAUUCUUUCCUCUUCCUUUCAUGCCCCUGUCCUUUAGCUGACUCCCUGCCCUUUCUGCUUCAGCAUCUCUUGCUUGUUGUGCUGGGACCAUGUGUGCACUCAAGUAGCCAAAUAUAUUCAUUCCCCGAGAUACAUGCGUGCCACUUCCAUUGGCAUAAAUGGGAACUGUGUGUACACAACAGUGGGCAGAAUGUAGUCCUAAACCUGUAAGUAGCUACAGAGCACAAAUUCUUCCCAUGAGUGUGUUCUAUAUACCUCAUACCACCCCUCGUAUGGUCUAAUCUUCCCCAUCCUGUCUUGCUGAGCUAGCUCACAGCUCCAACCAAACUACAUUUUAUAACCUGCCAGAUGACAAAGAAUGAUCAGCAUUUCCUAGAAAUAGCUUCUGAGAGCCAAAGUCCCACCUUUACCUGCCCAUCCCAUCCCUGUUUUGUACUGUACUACGGUAAAAUACACAAUUGUUGGACUCUUGGUGCCAUGGUAACUCCCUGUAUUCCUAUGUCUUUCACCCUCUAUAAAUAUGUAUAUGGUUCGUGAUUAAACCUGAUUUAUUUA